GGAUAAACUGUCAAUUUUUUAAAAUUUAUAAUUUAUGAAUUUAUAGUUUUGAUGCGGUUUGAAAAUUUUAGUUAAAGAUUCGCCUCUAAAUUUUGGCAAUUCUUAAUUUAUUUUUAAGUAAAUUAAACGGAAAAUAAGACAAAAUAUACAUUUUAAGAGAAUGGUGAGAGUGUCAAUCGCGAAAAUGCAAUCAAGUCGUCUUGGCCGUCUUCCGGAGCACUUUGGCAAACGCGAUGGACUUCAGGAAAAUUAUGGUGAUCUAAACUUCGGUUAUCAUGGUUUACUAUUUGAAGUUGGAAAUGAAUUGGGAAGUGGAAAUGCACUCGGCCAUAUGCAAUAUACAUUCGAGGAUAACUACGGGGGAUAUAAGUCUCGUAAAAUAAAGUCGAGAGGAGGCAAUCUUAUUCCUUUGAAUGACGCUGAAGAGGAUAGAUAUGAUGAUAUCAGCCGACAACCCAUGAACCAAUUCUCACAAAGGUUUCCUGAGCAACCCUGCUAUGGUGGCAUGGGAGAAAGUCGCUGUGCUAUUAAAAAAAUGCGCCGAAGACGUUGCAUGGGUGGUGGGAGACUUAAAUGUGAACCCUACAUGCUGCCAUAUAAUACAACAUAUUAUCCGUGUGGGUUUUAUGGACCGUGCAUUCAGUUGUGCCCUUACGUCCCUCUUAUGGCCUUCUGAGUGCCACCUUUUGCAACAAAUCAUUGUGUGACUGUUGAAGUCGAAAGGAGAU